UGCAAUAGACUCAGAACAAAAUUUUGAUAAUACAAAGUAAAUAUUUAUAAACUCCAAUCAUUUAGUAAGAAAGCGUUAAAGAAAACACACACAAUAUGUUUUGGGAAUUAUUAAUCGGUUCCCUUACCUUUCUACUGGUCUUAGACUAUUUUAAUAAAAAACAUCGUGAGGAGUUAUUUAAAAAAGCAGGCAUUAAAGGUCCCAAACCCCUGCCGUUAGUGGGUAAUGUUCUAUUAGCCCUAGGCAAUAGUACAACACAUGUCUUUGAAUUUUUAAGGGUCUUAAGCGAAAACUAUGGCAAAGUAGUACGUUUGUGGAUUUUUGGUGAUUGUGUUAUUUUACUACGAGAUGUUAAAUAUUUUGAAAGUAUUCUCAGCAGCCAGCAGGUCAUUAAAAAAGAUUCCUUAUAUGAUCUUUUAAAAUGUUGGCUAGGCGAUGGUUUACUAAUAAGUUCUGGCUCUAAGUGGCAUGCACGUCGUAAGAUCAUAACACCCACUUAUCAUUUCAAAAUUUUAGAACAAUUUGUAGAAGUAUUUGAUCAACAGAGUUGUAUUAUGGUCAACAGAUUAAAAGACAAGGCUGAUGGUAAAACCCCUUUAAAUAUGUUUCCCAUAGUAUGUUUAACGGCUUUGGAUAUUAUAGCCGAAACUGCCAUGGGUGUUAAGAUUAAUGCUCAAGAGAAUCCUAAUUUCCCCUAUGCCAAAGCAGUGACAGAUGUAGCCGAUAUUAUAGCUACUCGUUUUAUGAAACCAGCUCAACGUUUUGAGUUCCUUUUUAGAUUAUUAGAAUAUAGAAGUUAUCGCAAGAUGAAACAAAGUAUUGAAAUUAUGCAUAAUUUUACGGAUAAAGUUAUUAGAGAGAGACGUGAAGCUUUGGAGAAAUCAAUUAAAGAUGGUACCUUUGUGGCCAUGACCAAUGCCACAGACGACAUGGGCGUUAAGAAACGCAUGGCCUUUCUAGAUGUACUCCUACAAUCUACUGUAGCCGGCAAACCACUAACCAAUGAAGAUAUACGUGAAGAAGUCGAUACUUUUAUGUUUGAAGGUCAUGAUACCACUACUAGUGGUAUAUCACAUACUUUAUAUCUUUUGGCACGACAUCCAGAGGUACAACAAAAAGUCUUUGAAGAAAUUCUACAAAUUAUAGGAAACGAUAAAGAUAAACCGGUGACAAUGAGAGAAUUACAAGAUUUAAAAUAUUUAGAUGUGGUUAUAAAGGAAAGUUUACGUUUAUAUCCACCAGUACCUAUGAUUGGACGUAUUACCGAGCAAGAUGUAGAAUUGGAUGGCAAAAUCAUACCCGCUAAUGUUAAUAUAAGUUUACUUAUUUAUGCCGCCUGCCGAGAUCCAGACUAUUUUACUAAACCCAAUGAUUUUAUACCGGAACGUUUUAUGACAAACACUUUGGAUCAGAUUAACACCUUCGCCUAUGUACCCUUUUCGGCUGGACCACGCAAUUGUAUUGGACAAAAGUUUGCCGUAUUAGAAAUGAAAAGUACUAUUAGUAAAAUGAUUAGACAUUUUGAAUUGUUACCCUUGGGUGAAGAAGUGGUGCCGGUUAUGAAUUUGAUUUUACGUUCGGCUACGGGUAUUAAUAUGGGUUUGAAACCUAGAGUUUAUUAAGUUUUUAGUAUUAUUGUGUAUAUAUUUUUAUAAUAAAAUAUUUUAAAUUAAAAAGUU